CGCGUCCGACUGCCACUUUGCUCCGACCAGUUGUGCAAUUUGUCUUUCAUUAAUCGGGAAAUUGUUGAUACAUUUAUUAGAGAUCGAAAAUAUCGAGGAAAAAGUGAGUUUUCCUCUUCAUUUCCGAUGAAGUGAUUCGUCUAAAACGGUCGGACCGUUCCGUCCUUAAAAAAUAAAAGGGAACAAGUGGUGGAAGAAAAAACAUGAGACGAAGGGGAAUUCUACGUCGUCUGAUCAUAGCGCUGACUGUUGCUACUUUUAUCGUUGCAUCUGUUGCCGGUGUUGAAGAGAGCAACAGUAAAGAAUCAUCUGAGGAGUUGGAAAGUCCAGUCUCGGAUGUGACGACAGAGACGACCGUUGAUGAUGCUGAGUACGAUGAGGAGGACGAGGAUGAGACUGAGGAUAUUGAGGAUGUGGACGAGUAUGAGGAGGAAUUACGUGAGGUUGCAGAGUCACACGAGGCAAUGUCCAGGGACGAUCGUGGCAAUUCAACGUCUGGUGUGAAUCACUCCGAGGGAAAUGUCGGUGAUGAUGAGACGAGAGCCACCAGGAAUUUUGAUUCACACGAGAAAAGUGUCGAGGUGGAUUCAUCUGACGAGAGUAUGACGUCAAACGAGGCUAUAAGCGAUGAAACCGAGAGGGAUAAGAGCAUUCAAUUCAAACGAACAACCGAUGGAAAAUCAAAACGUGUGCCAACGGUUAAGAAGGAGCUCAGCAGUCAGAAGGAGUUGCUGAGCAACGGGACGACUGUUGAAGUACCGGAAAUUGUCGGAAGAUUGGCAGAGAGAAGUGUAGAAUAUUCAGCAGCUAGAACACGAGAGAUGAUUGACAACAAUUUGGGAGAGGAGUGGGUGCAAGCCGAGAGCUUGAUGAAGCUGUUGGUGAGACUAGCUAAGAAUCCAGAGCGUUGGGAACGAGCUCACAGACUCCUGACUAUGAAAGACCCUGAGGACGAGGUAGAAUUGUCGGCCCUUGACUCCCGCAAGCGCGCCUACCCACCGGAUUUUCCCCUAUUCACCACCCUCUCACCCCUGCCAACCAACCAGAAGCCACCACCAAAAAAGCCGAAAAAGAAGAAAAAAAAGAAGAAGAAGCCACGACACCAAACCACCACAACCCCACCGCCCCUGACCACCCACAAUCCACCAAAGCCAUCGACCCACUGGAGAUUAGUAGCAGAGCGUCUGUUUGGCCCAGGAUGGUCAGCUAAUCGUCGAAACCCCACAAAUCUCUCCAAACUCACCUACUCCCAUUCAAAAUCCCCAGAUCAUCACGACAAGUAUCCAAACGAUGGUACACGCAUGGGCUAUACCCAAAAGUUUCACUUUGGUAAAGUAAACACCCACGAGAAGGGCUCACCCCUGAAUCAACACGAUUCAGCAUCCAAUUACGAUCUACCAACCAACACAGCCAGCCAUGUGCUUGAUUACGAUCUUCCGGAGCGUAGUUAUCAAAGGCCAAGGGUCACAAACAGAUACGAUCGAUAUCACCAUUACAUGGACCGAAUCAGGGAUAUCGGUGAUGACAUCGUUGAGGAUUAUGAUGAUCCUUAUCCGGACAUUGACUAUCCACGUCAUCAAGGAUUAUUCGGUAAAUCAUGGAGAUACUCAAGGUACGAGCCAGGUAGAUCGAUGGAGGGUUACUACGACGAGAGUAGACAGAAUUUUGGUAGAUACCGAUCAAAGCCCUGGACAGUUCUGCGUCCAAUAAUCGAGGUUGAUGACGAUGAGAUUGACAAUCGAAGGUACAAUAAAUUUGGUGGCAAGUGGUCGGACAGAGGUGUUGAUACACCGUGGGCUAUGAUGACAGAGCAACGGAGUAAGAUAUUCAGAAAUUCACCAGCUUCUCUCCCUCUGAAAAAUCAUCAAGAGAUCAAUGAGACAGCGAAGACGAGAUCAAAGGAGAGCGCUCUGACGAGAAAUGGUAAGCCAUGGAAGACAGUGGAGCCAGUGAAGAGCGUUAUCCAGCCAAAGCUCACGAUGAAAACGUGGAACAGCCUGACAUCGGAUCCAGCGACUUGGCCUUUCAAAUUAUCCGGUGCCAAGCCAUGGCCAAAAGACAAAAAUGGAAAGUCAUAUAAUCCCAAUGCCGAGCUUGUAAGAAAGCUUGGGCUUGACAAGCAGAAUAGAAUGCUGGAGAAGAAUGAUAAAUCCAAUAACGACAAGUCUGAGAGCAACGAGCUGAGCAAAGCCACAAGUCUUCCGGUGAGGGAUGACUCGAGAUCCUGGAAAAUGGGAAAGAGCUGGGAGGACAAGGAAACCUGGGGCGAUAGUCUGGAGCUCGGGAAGCUGACAGAUUGGAACGUUGAGUAUGGAAAGCCAAGUCAGUCGUCAACCUGGACACCAAAGUGGAAGCAAUUCUCGUAUCACAAGGUCAAUCCUGGACCUGUCGCCAAGCCUGGAGCUAAUCUAGAUGGUAACAGAGCGAGAAAUGCAUUCAUAGCCAUGUCAGCAGUAACACCAUCCAGAUUUUCUGGCAAUGAUUGGAGGAAGAAUGAUAUUGAGGAGAUUGUCGAUCACACUGACAGCAGCAUCGACAGGGACGAUCCAAGUAGUCAGAUGCUAGCCAGACAGAAUAGCCUCGGUCAGUGGAUCAAAAGCACAAAUACCAAGAGACAGGAGAGACAGAAGACCAACAGAACGGAUACACUUGAGAGUCAACUCGAGGAGCUGAGACACAACGUGAACAAUGUAGCUACGACUCAGGGCACUAACUCUCAGGCGACAGUGUCACAAACCACUAACAGCACCACAAGUCCCACAGAGUCAACUAGCGACCAAGUGGAGCACAGCAGAGUGGACAAAAAGUCGAAUAAAACGAUAACAUAAGUUUAUUUUCGUUGAAAACUUCCACUACCACCAGCAAUUCGACCAAACUGAUAUAUUUCCUUUUGUAUGUUUUCACUACUUAAAUUUUUAAUCCCUCUGAUACUGCAACGAUUCAAUCUGGCAUCAGUGAUGCCCCCAUUAAUCAGAAAAUCAAUUCGUCAAGUUAUUUAAUUUAUAAUUAACCGAACGAACUCAAAUGGAACAACAAAUUAUGUAAUCUCCAUCGGAUUUUCCCAUUUUAUCACGUGGAUUAAAAUCUCCCCCUCCCCUGUCCCACCCCUCUGAGUAUUCGCGAUUAGGAUUAAUAAACGUUAUGUAAAUAUAUUGAGUUCUCACGGUUUAAUGUGUCCAGGAGAGAAUAUUCAGUGUUGCAUAUAAUUAAUAAUUGUUUUAAGAUGAAAUAAACACUGUUUUAAGGUACACGUGCACCCAGCAGCAUUCGUAAAGACGAGAGAAAUCUAAUGAUGAAACGUAACAAAAUAAUAAUUAAGUUGAUGAAAAUGAUAAAAAUUACGAAAACGAAAAUGUGCAAAAUUCAUUCUGUCAAUCCAGUGAGCGAGACUUUCUCAGUAUUUUUAGUUUUAAUGAUUUAGAAAGAAUUUAAAGCCCAACUGACUACUGUAUAAUUAAAACCCUAACGAAACAUAGAUCUCAAUUUAAUCCUGCACAUACCACGUAGGAUAAAUCAAAGAAACCCUAUAAAGAAAAAAAAAAACAAAAAAUGAUUGAAACAAAAAAAUGAAUAAAUGUCAUAUGUUAUGUAUUAA